AGGAAGGAAAGACCGAGAGGCAAGCACAUGAAGUGGGAAGGGGUAACAGCCUUUUAGCAGCCUGUGAUUCUCCUCCCUGCUACAUUCUGGCUCAUGUAACCCAUCACAGAGUCACCAGUGAAGAUUCGGGAGCUUCUCCCAGGCAAGAGAGGGCUGCCAGCUCAGCUCAAAGGGCAGCAUUCAUGUCCCACAGUCCCCACAACUGCAUCCGAGACCUCCAGUACCCACCCCUGUCGGUUCCUACAAUGAAGGCUCCUGUCGCCCUUCUCCUCCUCCUCCUCCUCCUCUUCCUUGAUGUCCUCCUGGUUGCAGGGUCCAGCAUGUGGUGUGAAGUUUGCAGCAGCCUGGGCACCAACUGUACAGGCCCGAAUCAGAAGUGCAGUGUGGGCAACAACACCUGUGCCACCAUCCUGACUGAGAUUGCCUGGGGUGGAAACCAGACUCGGGGCAUCUCAAAGGGCUGCAUUCCCACAGCAGCCUGUGGCUUGAGACACUUUGUGACCCAUUUCCAAGGCCGGGUCAUCAACAACAGUGUCUCCUGUUGCACUGGAGCCACCUGCAAAAUGGCCCUUGGGAAUUUGUCCCUUGAGAAUGACACCCAGAAUAACUUCCGGUGCCCUGCCUGUUCUUCAUCCUCCCCUGACUGCCUUGACCGUUCCAUCAAGUGUGUCAGGGAUGAGAACCGAUGCCUGGAGAUGAAACAGGAGGAAAUAAGUGAAAACCCACCAAUCAACACGACCAUCUGGGCCUGUGUGACUAAAGACACCUGUGCUGACUUGAAAGUGAACCCAACAAUUUUUGGAGGACGUGGUAAAUACAGAACUGUAACCAAAUGUACCCCAGCCAGCAGUGUGGGCAGCAUGGGACCACUGAGCCUUCUGCUCCCAGCCCUCACUGGGUUGCUCCUGGCAAAGCUCCUCUCCUGAACCUCACCCCAGGGAACCCUGACACCACACUGAGCCCUGCUUUGUGAAUGGCCUUGCCUGUCCAGUGCACUCAGGCUCCACAUGGGUUUGCUUCCACCUUCAUUUGUUCCAGGAAAUAAAACAAAUUAUG